AUGCCUACCGACGCCGAACGUAUGUUGGCUAUCGCGGACAUCUACUGUGAUGGUAUGAAGGACACCUUGGAUAGGCUUAAGAUGAUCAAUGGUAUCUCUGUGGAUCUUUCCCCAGCUUCUCCCUCCGGAAUCCUGCCACUCCCCGCAUGGUAUAGCAAUCUUAAUUAUGGUACGCGCAACGUCCACACGGCCUAUCCAUCAACCUUCUCCAACACCUCCCCAAACACCUCCUCCAACAACUCCUCCAACAACUCCUCCAACACCUCCACCAACAUCUCCGCGAAAAUCUCCGUGAAGGCCUCCACGAAUGCCUCCAUCGAUGUCUCCAUCAAUGCCUCCAACAACGAGGACCUCAACGCUGAUUACCAGUCCGACAACGCAAGUGUUCAAGAUGAUGCACUUGACGAAGAGUUGGGCGACGCUGAUCACCAGUCCGACAACGCAAGUGUCCAAGAUGCUGCACUUGACGAAGAGUCGGGCGAUGCUGGUUACCAGUCCGACAACGCAAGUGAGAUGGCUGUCCCACUUGAAAGGGAGUCUGACGAUGGUAAUCACGAACCCCAUAGCGAAAGUCUCGGCAACACUACACGUGACACUAAUCACGGACCUUGUAUGGAGAGAAUUCGCUGUCUUGAGGAAGACCUUGCAGAGAGACGUGAGAGGUGUGAAAGCCUCGCCCACCUCAUCAUGAUGAUGCCAAGUACCAUAGACUUUAACAACAUGCAAGACAUGCGAGAUGAUGCAAGGGAGGAUCAGGAGACAGCCGAAGCCCAGGUCGAAUGGUUGUUGGAAAAACGCGAGGCGGACCUGGAGAAGAUUGAGGAAUUGCGCGGGUGGCUCAGAGAUUCAACUCGCACAAUCCACAACAGUCUUGCUGAUAAUGAACGACUUCAAGUUCAGGUAGAUCAGUUAACAAAGCAGCUCCAGGAGACAGAGCUUGCAGCUAAAGCUCAGGCCGAUCAGCUGAUUGCAACGCACGAAGACGACCUCGAUAAAAUUGCAGAACUCCAGGAGCAGCUCAAAAGCUCCACUCACACAGUCAGCAACAGUGCGGCUGACAAUGAACAACUUCAAGUUCAGGUGGAUCAAAUGACGAAACAGCUCAAGGACUCCACUCACACCAUCAGCGACACUCUAGCUGAUAAUGAAAAACUUCAAGUUCAGGUGGAUCAGAUGGCGGAACAGCUCCAGGAGAAACACAUUGCAGCCAAGGCCCAGGCCGAUUGUUUGAUUGCAAAACAUGAGGACAACCUCAAGAGAAUUGCAGAACAGCAAGAUCAUAUCAAGAAUUUAACUCGCACAAUCAGCGACAGUUUAGCUGGCAAUGAGCCACUUCAAAUUCGGGUGCAUCAGGUAACGAAAAAGCUUGAGGAGGCAAUCCGCAAGCAUCUUCAACUCAAAUUGGUACACUCCGAAACGAUCAAGAGCCAUGAAGAGUCGAUAAAGGCACGACAAAUGGCAUUUGAAGCGGUCAGAGAGAUUGAGGAGGAGAUCAAGAUCAUCAAGGCUGAACUUGACAGUCUGAAGGCACAGCUGCGGGAAGCUAAAAAGGUUGGCAAGGCAGCAAUGGCACAUAAAGAAUCUGCACAACGCCAGAUCGAGGCCAUUACUGAGGAGCGCGAUAAUGCCAUCCGAGAGAGGGUCGAAAUGGCCCAGCGCACCGACAAGAUACAAACAGUCUGCCAGGAGGCUAUGAAUGAGAACUCCACGCUCAAGAAACAGCUUGAGGAAUUCAGGAAGAAGCAUGCGGCUUUGGCCAAGGAGAAGAGUGAGUUCUUGGCCAGGCAGAAGAAGAACGGCGGCAACGCCAGUCAAUCGACGGAUUUCAAAGGCACUAAGCCCCCAUUCCCAGAAGCGAAUCGAAAGUACGCAGACGCUCUCAAGGAGAUUGAUUUCCUUGAGCACGAACUCGACGCGAGCGUAGCAAACUACGAACACAGGCGGAUCGUCGAAGAACAGAAAAGGGCGGACCAAGAUGCAAUUGCGAGCCUACGGGCAGAGAACAAAAAGCUGCAGGAAUCACUCCAAAAUGCGGAGAACAUCGGCAGUGGUUGGGCAGUCCAAUCGCAACAAUGCUGGAACAGCUACACCUUAAGCGUUGCCCAAAAAAACGCAUUGGAGGCCGACGUUGCCAUCAUCAAGCCAGCGUUGGAGAAAUUGAAGUCGGAAAACGGUCUCACUGCCGAACAAUUGGAGCAUGCAAAUGCAGAAAUCAUGAGACUGGCUGCAAGGAACAAGGAGCUGGAGGGUGAGGUCACCGACGCUCGAAAGGAAGCACUUGAGAUCUCUCACGACAAGAUCUUCGUCCCUCAAAGUCGGCCAGAGCACGAAUUGCAGGUUGGUGGCGAUAAGCCAACAACCACUCCAACUUCCGAAACGCGCUCCGUUUCUCCAAGCAAGGAAGUUUUCAGAAACGUCGAGGAUAGGUUAGGAAAGUGUGCAGACAACGAGACUUGCGUCACAUGCCUAUAUCACCUGCGCAAAAACUUGCGCAUCUCUCGCAGCGGCGAAGAACAUACUCGAGAAAGACUGGACGUUGCGAAUCAUCGCACACUCGAGCUUGUUUCGGAGCUAGAUGACUUGAAGAAGAAGGUUGCGUGCGCUGUCGACAUCGACCCCAACGAGCUUCCACAAUGGUUGGAGGCAAAGGAGGUUGAUUUUAACAAUGAUCUCCCCGCGCAGACGCGUUGCUCUCACCAACGCACAAAUUCCGUGGCAAGCGACCCGACCCACAACGAACAUUCUGUGGGGUUCCAAGAGGUCAUUGAUGAUCGUCGGGCUGCUUCGGCUGUAAGUCCCGUUCGACAAGACCAGACUGCUGCAAGCAGCGAGAAAGCAGCAGAAGAUGAAGCCGGAGAAUGGACUCCUUCCUCCCCCUCCUCUCCGGGACAUCAAUCAGAGGCCUCAAGUGAGGCGAACCAGAGCGAGAGUGAGGGGGAGGAGGAUAGUGACGACGAGAGCGUCGUCAUCAUCUUGGAUUCGAAGGCCGCCGAGGAGAUGGCGGCGAUGAAGAUCAAGAAGAAGCUGCCGGCCGAAGGAGAGCUGGCGAUGGAUAGGGGGAUGAGGGGGGGCGUGAGGCGUGCUGGCUCUCGGCACAUCGUCGUGAAUCUUCCUCGACCAACAGAGGAGCACUUCGACGGUGCAAAAAAGAGUCCGGCUCGCCUCGACCAAGAGGGGCCAGUGGAGGGCCCUGAGGUCUUCCGAACGGCAGAACCGUUCAGUUUUGAGACGGCCGAGGGACCCCCGAAGGUGGUUCUGCCGAAGGAGCGCCCAGGAAAGGCGGAGGAGAAGAAGGAGAAGGAGGAGAAGGAGGAAGGAGCGGGGAGAUAUUUGAGGCGGUGCCUCGGAGGCGCUGGCCUCUUCCGCAAGGCCUGA